GCCACCUGUUUUCCAUAAUGCCCCAAAAUGUGAGCCUCUGUGUGCCUUCACCUUCUGUUUCUGUGGUGGACUUCAUGUGGAGGCCUCUUCUUCUCAUGCUGCUGUGGCCCAGCCCGGUGAUGACAUCAUCACCGUCCACUGUGGCCAUGUGGCGCCAUGGCGACAGCAACGCCGCAAUGCAGGCCGCCAACAACGGCUGCUACUACUCCGAGUCGCUGGACAGAGGGCUGACUGUCCGCUGCAGUGCAAUGGGACUGACGCAGGUCCCUCCCGGCCUCCCCAACCGCACCGUUCGUCUGUACCUGGAUAACAACCAGCUCAGUUCCCUGCCGGCCGACUCUUUCUCUGCUCUGUCGCUGCUGUCUGUGCUCGACCUUUCGCACAACCAGCUGUCACUGCUGGAGGCCGGCUGCUUCAACGGUUUGUCUCCCUCGCUUCGCUUCCUCGACAUAUCAUCCAAUCGGCUCUCUACGCUGGACCCAGCCGCACUGGGGGGGCUGCGAGCACACGCCAACCUCACACACAACCCCUGGCACUGUGACUGCAAGCUACAGGUGUCGAUGCCCCAGUUGGACCUGGACCCCUCCUCCUUGGCAGAGGUGGUGUGCCAAACCUCCGACCUCCAUGGCCUCGGAGCCGUUGGGAUGCCGUUCGUCCUGCUGGCUGAGGACUGGGACCUGUGUCUGUCCCUGCGGAGGACCACAGAUGUGGCCAUGCUCGUCACCAUGUUCCUCUGGUUCUCCAUGGUGAUCUCCUACCUGGUUUACUACGUCCGGCACAACCAGGAAGAUGCCCGGCGGCACAUGGAGUACCUCAAGUCGCUUCCCAGCCGACAGGUUUAGAGACAAAUGGGCUUGGUGUGUCAUCUGGAGCCCAAAUGGAUAUCUGAUUCAGAAUCGUGUUCUCUAUCAAGUUCAACCAAGGCACUUGAGUUUGUUUUUGGUGUGACUGAUUUAGCAACAAAUUACCUGCACACCUGGCUCCUGCUCAUUGACUCUGCAAAGUCAUGUCUGCUGUUUUAUCUACACGAUCAAAGGGACAUAAAGCCUGUCAACCCACUGCCAGACAGACACUCCUGCAGGCCAUGCAUAUCUACCUUUAUAUGUAUGCUUCUGUGGGAGGAUGUCAUUUUCAGCACAUCUGUGUGUUUAUCGGUACCUGCUGGGUUGAAACCAGUGCAAACGACUGUUGUUGCAAACUAGACACAUGGAAAUGAAGUGUGUUAUUUUGU